CACAAAGGUGUUUUUACUAUUCUUGUGAAAAUUUUAUCUUAUCAAGUGGUUGGCAUUACAAUAACGAAAAGCGUUGUAUAUUUUUUAAGAUACAUUUCGAUGCGUUCUCUAUCUAGAACGCGGUCACACAGCCGCCACCGCUCAUCUAGCAGAAAUAGAUAUAAGUCGCCGGAUCGGGUUCGUGGUGCAACGCGUCAAAGGGAGCGAGACCAACGCAAACGGAGGUCAACCCGUUCAAGAACCCAAUCGUCGGCUAGUUCAAGGUCUCGUUCAAGAUCAAGAUCACGUAGACGCCAUGUAGAAAAGAGUCGGAAUAGAAAUGAACGUCGAGAGACUCGUCGUUCGAAAAGUAGGAGCGUUUCUCGUUCUCCGUCUACGCAAAACAAGCAUGUAGAACGCUGGCCGAACGAUAAAUAUCAUGAGAACAAUUAUGGUGGCCGGCAAAAUAACCCCUUUCGGGGGGGUGCAAAUGGAAAUAAUCAUCAGCAAAAAAAAUCGUCUAACUAUUUGGACGCGCGAAGGGCACAACGUGAGCUAAUCGGCAUAGAAGGCGCUGAAGAAGUAUGGGGCAAAAGUCCGGCACAUCCAGAAAAUUUUUCAGAUGCUGAGCAGGAUGAUCCAGAUGUAAAAAUUUUGGAUGGCACUUACAGAAAGCCAAAAAAGAAGAAAAGUAAGGGGAAGAAGAAAAAAUCCAAAAAAACAAAGAAGCGUAAAAGUAGUAGUAAGAAAAAGUCAAAAAAUAAGCAUAGAAAAAAGAAAAAAGUGGCUAGUUCUAGUGAUACUUCAGACCCGAGUUCUUCUUCCUCAAGUGAUGAUAGUUCAGAUAGCGCCACCUCCGAUAGUGAUAGCUCUACGGCGUCCGAUAGUGAGGAUGUUGAAGGAACUUGGCUCGAAAGGACUGCUGAAGGAGUUAAGUCAAUAAAAAAGAAAACAAAAACAAAGAAAGCAAAAAAACAAAAGAAAAAUAAAAAAUAUUCCCGUGCCGAAGCGAAAAGGAGUAGUGCAGACAAGCCUGGAACUUCACAAGGAGUUGGCGUAGAUGGUGAAGAGUUUGGACCAACACUAAGGCAAACCAGCGGGUUAAGUCAAAAAGAUUUCGGACGUGCUCUACUACCUGGUGAAGGCGCAGCCAUGGCAGCAUAUAUAGCCGAAGGCAAAAGAAUUCCACGCAGAGGUGAAAUAGGUUUGACUUCAGAGGAGAUAGCAAACUUUGAGUCCGUUGGCUAUGUGAUGAGCGGUAGUAGACAUCGUCGCAUGGAAGCAGUACGUAUUCGUAAGGAAAAUCAAAUAUAUUCUGCAGAUGAAAAACGUGCUUUGGCUAUGUUCAGCAAAGAAGAGCGACAGAAACGUGAAAACAAAAUUUUGUCACAAUUCAAAGAUAUGAUCAAUUCUAAGCUACAUGCGAAAGAAAAAAAAUAAAGGAAUAUCAGUGUUUUACGUACAUGCAUUAGUCAUUAAGGAAACAUUAUGAGCUCCCGUUACCGCAGUAGUUGGGUCUACGCUAUCGGAAUAGCACGGAUUUAUACAAAGACUCACUUCAGCGGUAUUUUCUACGCGACUUAAAUAGUAAUAAGACUUAAUGUUAAAUCUGAUAGCAUUUAUAGUGAUCAAGUUUAGAAAAGGACUCUUUAUUCAUAAAAAUUAUAUAUAUAUAAUUGGUGCGUUCCCCCUGUUUUUGGGUGUUUGGCCGAGCUCCUCCAAUUUGUGGCGUGCGUCUUGAUGUUGUUCCAGGGACCUACAGUUUCAAGCCGACACCGAUUCAUAAAAACGAGUAUUGUUUAAGUUUACUUUACAAAAUUAUAUACACCUGUAAAUUUUCGAUUUAUAGAGUAUUUUCUAUUUAUUUCAGUUUUAAAUGCUUUCUGCAAUACAUCCCAAUUUUUUAAGAGUUAUAUAAUUGUAAAAUUUAUUUGUAGAAGCACCAAGUCGUCAAAUAAAAAUACUUUUAACGUA